ACCAAAACGAUUGUUUUUCUUCACCCGAGAGUCCUCCUCGUUCUCUUCCUCUUGACAAAUGCGUAUGAUCAAAGUCUCAAACGCUCCACAGAACAUAAACGCCCUUAUCUCACAGCGCUCUGCUACAAAGCCAUGUAUCAAAAGGAGGAAGUGUUACCUUCUUCUCUGCCACAUCCUCUUAUUUGUGCUCGUCUUCCCUUUCGGCUCUGUGAAAUGCUGUUUCCUAUCUAAGCAGCGGGUUUUAAACUUGAGCGCAGUCGGACCUUUUGUGUUGCUGAACUUCACGAGAGCUUCCAUUCGGAUGGAGCACAGCCCCCCACUCCGUAUAUCGCUGUUCUGACAGUUUGUGGAUUUGCCAUCAGUUAAGGAACUCAGUUCGGCUGAAGUCCCCCCGAUUCUCUCAGAGCGCUGAAGGCAAAUAUAAACCACCCCCCCCGGUGUGUUCGAGCACAGUUGACUCUUCUGCAGGUUCUGUGGCGAGGUAUAACUGAGGAGGGCUGAUGGAGGCUGACAUCUUUGAGUAUCACAAAGAUGACAACACCGUGGAUGCCGAGUCUUUCCUGGGAGAGAAGAGGAAGGUCAUUCAGCCGACGUCUUUGAAAGACCCCAACCUUGAAAAGCUAAAGCAGGCAUUAGUUGAUUGGAUCAAUAGGACUUUGAAAGUGGAGCACAUCGUGGUGCAGAGUGUGCAGGAGGAUCUGUACGACGGACUGGUGCUUCAUCAUCUCCUGUCCAGGUUGGCCAGCGUGCAUUUGCCUGUGGAGGACAUAGCGCUGACCAGUGCUGCUCAGAUACGCAAGCUGGAGUUGGUCCUGGCGGAGUUGGACAAGAGCCUGGGCCUGCAGGACAGCAGCCAGAUCAAAUGGAACAUCAAACGUGAGCCACGCGACUCACUGGGCCUCCACCGACAAAGCAUCAUCCACAACAAAGACCUUCUGGCAACGAUUCAUUUGCUGGUUGCCAUGGUGAGAUGUUUCCAGCCUGAACUGGAUUUGCCACGAAAUGUGAAGGUGGAAGUUGUGGCGGUGGAGGUCAGCAGUGGUGGAAUCAAAUCCAAUGUGCAGACAGAGGUCCUGACAGAGGAGAACACCAGCACAGCCGCUGACUCCCCCAGCAACACUGAAAGCGAGGAUCCCAUUGAGCAACUGCUGAAGCUUGAGGCUCACAAGGUCAACACGGUGAAGAAGGCCAUUUUACACUUUGUCAACCAGAGUAUGUCAGCAAUGGGUCUGCAGGUGGCUGACAUGGACCAACAGUUUGCAGAUGGCGUCAUCCUCCUGCUGUUGAUCGGACAGUUGGAAGGUUUCUUCAUCCCCCUCUGUGACUUCAACCUGACCCCUGUCAAUCCGUCUGAGAUGCUUCACAAUGUGACCUUGGCCUUGGACCUCCUGAAUGACACAGACCUGCAGUUGUCCAACGUGAACCCACAAGUUGUCUUUUUGCGGCUUGUGUGACAGAUAUUGUCUCUCAGGACGUCGCCGCCACCUUGAAGGUCCUGUACGCCCUGUUCAAGAAGCACAAAGAGAAAUGAGAGAGGACAGACGCUCGAGGAGGAAUUCAGCAGCUGACAAUACAAACAGAGCCGAGGACAUGUCGAAUCCUUGGCCAGCUUGUUGUUCCUUCUGUUGCAGAAACACAUAUUUGGUGAAUUUUCUAUUUUUGAGAUAUUCUGUAGAUGCUCUCACCCCAAUUUGUGCAAGACGGUUGAGAAGCGAAAACUCAACCAUGAUUAACGUAGCAGUGUCUGAGGGCCCAGUAAACCUUAAAGGACCCUGACAUGUGAACUUGCACCAAUGACCAACAGCAAACUGAAAUAAAGGAAGUCACAUACGGAAUCUUUUUAUGUCUAGUUUAGCGAUUGAACUGUUGCUUCAGGUCAGUAUUGCAGCUGCUUGCAGGCCUGUGAGCAGGUAGCUCACCAACUAUUGUUGCACCUAGUAUGUCACCAAGCCCACGGUGAGGUGGACGCAAGGUAAGACCAUGCACCGACCCGGCAAAGUGGACAGAAGGGGCCAAGUGGGAACCAGGACGUGUAAUUUAAAAGAGGGUUAUGCCAUUAGUGAUUUGCUUGAGAAAAAAAUGUAUGAAGUCUAUCAUUUCACCAACUUCCAUUGUGUUAAAUAAUAAUUGUUAUGUACUCAGUAUGCAGACCACGGACAAAGGCAGCAGUUUUAAGGUAUUUAGAGAGAGUAAUGUGUACUGAUGUGGCAGGGUGAGCAGGGGCGGGGGCGGGCGUAGAAGGGCUUGCGUUUGGCGUCGUAACUGUGGCUAAGCUGAGGCAUGCAGACUCCAGAAUCACACAGACGAAUCCUGGACAGAGAACUCAAUUAGUCACGAGCAAAAUUCCACAAGAGAUUCCGAAAGAUAAAAGGGAAAUACAGGAGAGUCACAGCACGAGCCGUGACAAUAAUAUCCAAAUACCACCGCCUCUCUGGUUUUAUACUCUCCUGUGUAUUUAGUAUGUGUAUUAGUAAACUACAGAGUGUGCGUCUUUGUUUUUGUCUUAAGGUUAAUGUAUGCACUUUUACAGUUUUUCUUGCAGAUGUGUUUGUUGACAUUCAGCCUCAGGAAUCCAAUUAAUGCAUUUCUACAUAUAUAUUCUACACACGCAUACACACACACAUAUAUAAAUCCUGACUUUUUCAAGGUGUCCUGGGAUCCACUGACUUCAUCUAUCCUUUCUCUAACCAUUUUCAUAUUUUCCCCAUCUAUCUAGUUUUAUUCUCUCUCAACUUUUUUUAUGUUGUGUGAGUAACAGUGUACGGAAUGUGCUGUUCAAAUAAAGUUGACUCUCUCGAGCACA